AUAACAAAAAUAGUUUGCAAAAUGGUUUAUGGACGGAGCAUAGCUGCUGGCAUUUGCUUUAUGACAAUUCUUUUGCUUCUAUCGGGUCUCGUCUUCUAUUUAAGUUUGGGACCUUGCCCCACGGGCAGCUUUGCGUGCAACAAUGGCAUACAGUGCGUGCCGCAGCGUCAAAUGUGCGACAAGCAUGACGAUUGUACGGAUGGGAGCGAUGAGCAUCCGGUCGAGUGCGGCAAUCUCUACGGCAGCAAGGAGCUUGCUGAUAAAAUUGUACGUAAUGCUAUUGAAAAGAAGAAGCAGCAACAACAGCAACAGCAGCAGCAGCAUCUGCAAAUACAACAACAACAGCGCCCAACCAUAGCUGGCACAAACUCCAGCGCCUGGGAUUUGUCAUCGCUGGCGGGCAGCAGAAAUCAAAGCCUUGUCAUACCCUGCGCAAUUACAACAUAUCCAAAAGUCUGCAGAUGCCGCGACACGAUGCUCUACUGUGGCAAAAGCGCCAAGCUGCGUCGAUUUCCGCGCAUCAGCGACGAGGUAACGUGUUUGUUCAUCAUAUACAACAAUUUGACACUGAAAGAGAAUCUGUUUGCCAACUUGACGCGCCUGCAGAAACUCAUACUCAAGUACAACAACAUAUCACGCCUGCCAGCGGGCUGCUUUAGCGGUCUGCCGCAUCUGGAACGCCUCGAGGUGGGCCAUAAUAAUUUUAGCCAAUUGCCGCAAGGCAUAUUCAAGGAUUUGCCGUCGCUGCAGUGGCUCUUCCUGGUCAACAAUCAAUUGCGAUAUUUUCCCAUGGACCAGCUGGCUGCCAUGCACAAGCUGGAGUGGCUCGUCCUGAGCCACAAUCGUCUGACCCUGCGCAACGUUCAGCUGACCAAAAGUCCCAAACUGGUCGAAAUCUUCUUGGAUAACAAUCGCAUCGAGUAUAUUGGCGAAAAAACGUUUGCGCAAUUGGAUAAUUUGGAGCUGCUCGAUCUACAGUACAACCUCAUUACACACAUACACGCGGAAGCCUUUGCCAAUCUGAAAGCCAUUCGAGAUAUCCGCCUCAUUGGCAAUCCCAUUAAGGAAUUAUCUGGCGAAACAUUUAUGCACAACACACACCUGGAGGCACUCUCCCUGGCUUACAUGCCGCUGCACAUUGAUCGGAAUUUGAUUGAUGCGCUCAACGUUUCCUUUUUGAAUCUGACCGGCAUCGAGUUCGAGCGCAUUGACUUUGAUGCACUCAACCGGAUGCGCAGUCUGAAGUACAUAGUGUUUGAUCGCUUCUACUAUUGCUCCAUGACGCCGAAUGUGCUGAUGUGUAAGCCCAAAACGGAUGGCGUCAGUUCGUUUAAGGAUCUGCUAAGCAAGCCCCUGCUGCGCCACUCCACCUGGUUCAUGGCAGCGCUCUCCAUAGCGGGCAACCUGAUGGUGCUCUAUGGUCGAUUCAUCUACCGCGAUGAGAAUGUGGCCGUGACCAUGGUGAUCAGGAAUCUAGCGCUAGCAGAUAUGCUCAUGGGCUUCUAUCUGCUCAUACUGGGAGUGCAGGAUUAUCGCUACCGAGAUGAAUAUCAUAUGGUGGCCCGCAAUUGGCUAAAGUCGUGGCAGUGCAAGGCAAUUGGAACGCUGGCUGUUAGCUCCUCAGAGGUAUCCAUGCUAAUCUUGGCCUUCAUGUCGCUGGAACGUUUCCUGCUCAUAGCGGAUCCUUUUCGCGGACAUCGCGCGAUCAGCGUGCGCAUCAUUUACUUCUCGCUGCUAUGCAUUUGGGUUACUGGUGUGGGUCUAGCGGUCACGCCCCUUGUCAUCUGGUACUCCAGCAAUCAGCUCUACGGCACUCACUCUGGCACCUGCUUCCCACUGUUCAUACACGAGGCAUAUCCCCUGGGCUGGCAGUACUCGGCGUUUGUCUUUCUUGGCGUUAAUUUGCUGCUCCUGCUGAUGAUUGCAUUACUGUAUACGGCCCUUUUGAUCUCUAUUUGGCGUACUCGCAGUGCCACGCCCCUUUCACUGCUGGACUGUGAAUUUGCUGUGCGUUUCUUUUUCAUUGUGCUAACCGAUGUGCUGUGCUGGGCACCGAUUAUAGCGAUGAAGAUCUGGGUGUUCUUCGAGUACACCAUUUCCGAUGAUAUCUACGCUUGGCUGGUCGUCUUCAUAUUGCCCCUCAAUUCGGCUGUCAAUCCGCUGCUCUAUACGUUUACGACGCCCAAGUAUCGCAAUCAAAUCCUGUUGCGCGGCUGGAAGAAGAUAACGUCACGCAAGCGGAUGGAGACGGGGCAUGGCAACGUGGCCAACACAACCACGGGCACUGCGACGGGCUCCUCGCAGAAUCCAGAUGAAUAUACAACAACCACAGGCAUAAAGUCAAUGCCGUUGGCUCUGACGCUGAGCCACUGAAUGGCCAAUAUUUUGAUAGUUAAUGAUGUCUAUACUCUAAUCAUAUAUAUAGUAUAUAUACAUAUGUA